AUGUCCUCUCUUUCAUUUCUGAUACUAAUAACUUGUGUCCUCUCUCUUUUUUUCUUAGUUAGCCUGGCUAGAGGCCUAUUGAUUUUAUUGACCUUUUCAAAGAACUGGGUUUUGCUUUUGUUUAUUCACUCUAUUGGUUUCUUAUUUUCAAUUUCAUUGCUUUUUAACCUAAAUUUUUAUUAUUUAUUUUCUCCUACCUACUUUGGAUUUAAGUUGCUCUUCUUUUUAUAG